UACCAAAAUCUUUGUAUACAACGCCAUAAACAUAACGUCAAAAUUCUCAUCACCUUCAUCCUCAUUCUCUCUCUGUUGAUCUUGGUCGGUUUCCCAUGGUGUCGUCCAGUCAAAAUGCUACCCGGAGGCUCCUCGGCUUUGGGUUUUGGAUUCAAGGUUUCAGAGCUUUCCCAUGGAUGGCGAUCAACUUCUUCCUCAAAGAUACUCUCAACGUCGACCCAUCCACUCUCCAGCUCCUGCAGAAUUCUGCCAAUCUCCCCAUGGUCGCUAAGCCCCUAUACGGUGUCGUUUCCGACGCCAUCUACUUCUCUGGCCAGCACCGCCUUCCUUAUAUUGCAAUAGGAGGUAUCUCGAAACGUUUCAGUUUUCCCAGCAACCUUGGUGCUUCCAUUGCUGAGGUUGCAAACGAUGCCAUUGUUGCAGAGACUGGAAAACAACCAGCUUCUUCUUCUUCUUCCAAAAGCUCUCAAGGAUCUGGUGAGCUUCAGUCAUUUGUUUGGAUGGCUUCUGCCGCAGGUGGAGUCCUGGGUAACCUACUUGGUGGAAUUGCCAUUGAUAAAUUCUCCCCUCAAUCAAUGUUUCACAUUUUUGGCCUCCUUGUUGCUCUCCAAUUUGUCAUAACCAUCGGCAGUCAUGAAAGCUCUCUUAAUCUUCCUAAAAGUCAAUCAAAAAUUGGGAUUAGAAAGCAACUUUCGGUGCUCUUAGCAGCAUUACAGAAGCCCGAGAUUGCAUAUUCGAUUGCCUGGUUUGCAGCAUCUUAUGCCAUAAUCCCCGCACUCACAGGAACCAUGUUCUUCUACCAAACACAAUAUUUGAAUAUCAAUUCCUCCGUGUUGGGAAUCUCCAAGGUGUUUGGUCAAUUCACAAUGCUCUUAUGGGGCGUCAUCUAUAACCAUUAUUUAAAGUCAAUUCCACCAAGAAAAGUAAUAGUGGCAGUUCAGGUAUCUAUGGCCCUGUUGAUGGUAUCGGAUGUAUUGUUUGUGAAAGGUAUUUACCGAGAGAUAGGCGUGGGAGACACACUCUACGUUGUGAUAUUGUCAGGGGUAUUAGAGGUUUUAUUCUUUUUUAAGAUUCUGCCAUUCAGUGUUGUAAUGGCAAAGCUUUGCCCACAAGGGUGUGAAGGAUCUCUUAUGGCAUUGGUAAUGUCUGCAAUAGCUCUGGCGAUGAUUGUUAGUGGAUACCUAGGAAUUGCUCUGGCAUCUUAUGUUGGUGUAUCGGGGAAUGAUUUUUCGGGCUUUCCUUGUGGGCUUAUGAUACAGGCAGUUUGCACACUUCUCCCAGUGCUUUGUUCAUCAUUUAUGCAUGAUGAUGCUGCCAAACCCAAAACCAUGGGGAAGGUGGAGUAAUGUCAAGAACAGCAUCAACUUUUGUAGAGUGUCAGUUGUGCUAAAAACUUUAGGUUUAUAGUUUUUCAAAAUUCCUGAAUGAUUCUUUGAAUUUUAGAUUUGUUUGUGCUAUAGAUAGGAUGUCAACCAGACAAUAUGAAUGGAGGAGGAGCUGCAGAUGUAAUUUGCAGAACUUCAGUGGUGACCUCCUUCAAAAGUAAGAUAGGUUCAGGCUUAUAGUUUCUCAAAAGUUAUAUUGUUAUACAGGAUUGUAUUUAUGAAUUACAAAUAAAGAUUACUAAUUGAAUGAUA